UUUUUUUUAAUUUUAUUCAUAUAAUGUAUUACCAACAGGUGGCGAAAAGCAGUAAGAAGCAUCAGAAACGGCAUGUGUAUUUGAAUGGGCUUUUUCUGGGGCUGUUGUUUCUUUUUGCCAGACAUGAUUUGCACUCAUUAACAAGAAGAAAACUGUAAUGCUUACACAAAUUAAUUUAAGAACAAUGUUCAGUCAGAAACUAAGAAAAACAAUCUUAUAUUUUAAUGUUUUGAGGAAAGGGUAUGUAAGCCUCUAUAAAACUCAAAGGUUUUUAGUACAGUGGAAUUCUUCAAGCAGGAACAAACUGUUUGAUAUGAAAAGUUAUGAAUACAUGAAAAUAAAGUGCAUGUUCUUCAGCCAGAUAUUUCAUUGUCGACCACAUUCAUUCUCUUGUGCAGCUAUGUGCACUAGAGAUUAUGGAAACAGACAUUUUUCUGCAAUGCCAAGACAAAUCCCUAAUAUGCAUAAAGUGAAUUUAGUUAAAAUUUUUACAAACUGUAUGCCUUGUAGGACUUAUUUUUCUUCUGUUAAGCAUAACAAUCAGGAGUCAACAGUAGAGAAUUUCAGUGAAUCAAAUGAACAGUUUUCUAACUUAAGUCAAAAUGAUCCAGAAACAGCAAAGAAGAUUCAGCUAAUUUUGAUGGAAUGUGAAGUUGCCAGGCAGAGUGGCUUCAAAGCUCCAUCAGUGUUAAGGGAAAAGGACAUGAAAGAACUUCUUUUGAUGGAUUCAAGGAGUGCAAGAAGAAAGUACUUUACUUUUUUGUUCAAAAAAGAGGUCUUGCGGAUUUCAGAGAAAGAAAAAAAAGAACUUAAACGUGCUGAGCGAGCACUAAAAAAGGCUGAAACCUCUGCAGAAGAUAAACAUUCAGAAUAUGGUCUUGGAAGAAACACCAUUUUUUUAUAUAUUCGGGAAUCAACAAUGAAUAAAUUUUAUAACCACAAAAUGGCUAGUGCUAUGAUUUAUGGGCAAAAAAUAGUAGUUGAUUUAGACUACAGUAGCCAUAUGACAAAACGUGAGUGCAUGAAUACAGCUGACCAACUUCAGGAAUUGUAUGCAGUUAAUAAAUGUGAUGAAGACCCUUUUGAUUUGUAUUUUUGCAAUGCGCAUCCUGAAAAUCAGAUUGUCCAGUUUUUGACAAAAACUAUUCCAAAUUUAAGAGAAUAUAAUUGUUUCAUAACCACAACUCCUCAGAGCUAUCUAGAUAUUUUCCCAAAGGAGAAGCUUGUAUACUUGACACCACAUACAAGAAAUCCAUUAAAGGAGUAUGAUCAUGAAGCAGUAUAUAUAAUAGGUGGUAUGGUUGAUAAGGGUAUUCAAAAACCAAUAUCCCUGGCUAAAGCUAAGAAGGAAGGAUUGAAAAUGGCCAAAUUACCUUUGGAUUUGUAUUUGUCAUGGGGACUUGGAAGCAAAAGUCUUACACUGAACCAGGUCAUGCAGAUCCUCUUGGAGGUGAAAAAAAGUGGGAACUGGAGCAAAGCCCUUAAGUAUGUCCCAAGACGUAAACUGAUGAAACAGACAUUAUGACAUUUAUGCCUGGAAUACAGUUUUAUUCACAAAUGCAGGUAUUAGUUAAUAAAUUGAAUAUUCAAAAUGUUCUCAGCAGUUGCUAACUAAAUACAUUUUAUUUUCAAGAGAAGUGCAAGGUAAGGUCAAGGGAUGUUUUAGGUAUAGAUCAUGAAAGGAUGCUAGUCAGGUGAAUGUUACACUUUUUGUAAAAUUGUUUAUUCUACAACUAUGUAAUGUACUCAUGUCAAUUAAACAUGCAACUCCUGACAGUAUCUCAGAAUCAUUAAUUCCUUUUUGAUGUGUGGAAUCAGUAUAUGGUUAUUUAAAUUUACAAACAAGUCUUAAGUUUUUAGUAAUUCCAUUUUUUGAGUGGCAGAUUAUCAUGAGUUUUAUUGUUACAAUACAUAAGAGAAAAUCAAAGGUCAUUAUAUGGAAGUUGGGAGGAUAUAAUGUUUGUCAUGAAGAUUUUAAAGAACCUUUUGUUUAGUACGAAUUUAUUUCAUCACUAAUUAAUGAUCAAUGUUAAAACAUUCUUACACUGUAAGAAAUAUAAUACUUAACAUGAUGUAGAUAAAAUGUAUUUUCACAGAAUCUACAGA